UACACUCAUGUAGACUAUGAGAAUAAAUCUGUCUACUGCCCACCAAAACACAGGAUUCAUAAAAGUCUACCCAAGAACGCCUUAACAAUUUUAUCUUUCCAAACAUCAAUAAAGAAGGAACAUGCAACUUUUGCUUGGCGACUACUGAAUGACACGGAAGUUGCCUGAGCCCAUGUGCCCGUCUGAUGACAAAAGAACGCCCACUGUCCAUGCCCAUGCCAGAAUGGAGGCAGAGGGGAGCCCCACGGAGAGAGUGCCCUCUGCAACAAGCACAUCACCUCUUCCACCGACACCCAGCUCACCAGUCUCUCUGCCAGACACCCCCACAGAUGAGAAAAAGGCACCAGAUAAGAAAUAUGAACUCCCUGCUCAUGUCCCUGUCAUCAGCCUGGGGCACAGCAGAGUGGCCUUACGUCCAGAACUCACAGCUCUGCAUCCUGUACCCUCCCUGAUGCUGACACUUCCUGGCUUUCAGGCACCUCUGCUGCCACCACAAUACCUUCAUCAUCCUCUUUUACCCAGUUUGUUUUGCAGUCCUUACUUGAGGGCCUCUGGCCUUUUCCCUAUCUUCCCUGGGCGCUUCAAGAGACGAAGCCACCAUGACAUCACAGAACCACCAUUCAUAGUGCGCCAGCCUCAGAAAGUUGCCCGUCGUGUAUUCACCAAUAGCCGAGAGCGAUGGAGACAGCAGAAUGUGAAUGGAGCAUUUGCUGAGCUUCGGAAACUGAUUCCUACCCAUCCCCCAGACAAAAAACUGAGCAAGAAUGAGAUCCUACGUUUGGCCAUGAGAUAUAUAAACUUUUUAGUUACUCUUUUGGGAGACCAGCACAGCUCCCCUUCCAAAACUUCUCCUUCUAGAAAGAGACCAGCUACACCUCCUCAAGAGAUAUCCUUCAAGGACAAGGAACAUCACAGCCCCCGGAUUGUGCAGCAUGGGGUAGAAAAUGGUGCAGAGCAGGGAGGAUUUGUUGUGUCACCAAUGUCUGGAAGCUGUGGAGAGUUCAUGGAUAGUGAGGAAGAAGAUGAGAGGGAAAUGGUCCCAAGAUCUAGAAGUGUGCAGAGGACAAUUAUAGGUGCAGAGACUGGAGGGAGCCGGUGAGAGUUGGGGUAAAAGGAGAGCGGAAACAUAGUGGGGAUUGAAAUGUGAGAUGUGAGUAAAUUUGUCCCCUCUAACCUCCCACACCUUUAUGUAUACAGUAGGAGUCAGAAAACAUUGCUGCACUGAAUUAUGUUAUCUUUAGCAAUUUUUGUUGCAAUCAACUACAUCUCCCACAAUACCGCAUUACCCUAAAUGCAAUAUUCCUCUAGACUGUGCUUAAUUUAAUUUCCCAAAAAGCGUCUUUUUUCUCUAUGCUGAUAGGACAUAUUUUCAUUGUAUUUUGUUAGAUUGUGCUCAUCAAAAUAAUUUGACUAAGUCACAUUUAGCUGGAAGUUACCUUCACUAAAGUCUACUAGAUUAUCCCAAAAUAUAGUGUUGCACUAAAGACUAUUGGGUUGCAUCACCCAGAUUAAUACUGGAUGCAAAGGAAAAUUGUGAUUACAAUGUUUUUAAAUACUGGAAUGUUAAGGAUUACAUUAUACAGUCAUGCAUUGUGUUCGACUACAAGGGCCAAAAUCCUACAAACGGAUUCUUAAAAAGAGCAUUUGAAAACCAAAAUCAAACUAUGUAGCCAAAUAAGUACAUUCCCUAGAAUAUAAUGGCUUAAAAAUCCAGAGCUAAGGUUACUGGUUAAUCAAUAACAAUAUGUUAACCAAAAAUCUAUCUCAAAACUAGAUUCAGUAUAGUAAGUUCAGGCAAUAUCAGUGGAUUCCAUGGAGAAACACACUGGAUGUACAGAAUGCAGAAAAAAGAUGAACUAAUGUUAAUUGCUAUGUUGGAUUCCCUAUAUUUGUCUUUAUUUAGAUUAUAUUACCCAGAAUGCAUUUCAAGGAUAAAGAUGUUAAUAAAAAAAAAGUGCAUUAUUUUUG